AUGAGUGACCACAUCAAGGACAUAUGGUCCAAAAUCUCUGGUAAUAACAGAGUUAGACUAUCCUCAUCAUCACAUUCUUCAAAUCAAGAACAAUCAGAACAAUUCUUAUCAAACAAUAUCGAAACAGCAGAUGAAUCACUAAUAUUACCAAAUUCCAAUGAAGGCUAUACAACGAAAACAGAAAUAUUUGGUUGGUGUUUAUACUCAUGGGCUGCUGAACCUUUCAUCGUUUCUGCUGUUUCUACAUAUGUCCCCUUGUUAUUAGAACAAUUUGCAAGAGAAAAUGGUGUAAGAUUGGAUAAUCAUCUAAUACCUUGUUUAUCAUCUUCACCAAUAGUACCCCCAAUAUUACCACCUCCAGGGAAUGGGACCUCACCUGGAUUAGGUGAUCCUGUUUCAAAAUUAUUCACAAGGGAUCAUGAUGGAUCUUCAGGUGCUACAACUACAGAAGAACAAGUUAAAUGUGUUGUUUAUGUUUUAGGUGGAUAUAUUGAUACUUCAUCAUUUGCAUUAUAUACUUUUUCAUUCUCAGUGUUUAUACAAACUUUAGUUGUCAUUUCAAUGUCUGGUGCUGCAGAUCGUGGUCAUUAUAGAAAGCAAUUACUUAUAACUUUUGGAUUUGUUGGAGCAUUAGCUACAAUUUCAUACAUUUAUAUAACAAGUUCUCGUUAUUAUAUAGCUUCAUUUUUGGCAAUUGUGGCUAAUAGUUGUUUUGGUGCUGUUAAUGUUUGUGGGAAUUCAUUCUUACCAAUCUUGGUUGCAAAUCAUAAAGAUGUUGAACAAUUUGAAACUAAUGAAGCAGAUAAUGAUCAUCCUCCAAAUGAUACUAUUUCUGCUAAUAAAGAUGAUACUUUAGUUAAGGGGAAUUUAAUUACAAAAAUUAGUGGGAUGGGUGCAGCAUCUGGUUAUAUAUCUGCAUUAAUUGUUCAAAUCUUAUCAAUGUUUAUAGUUAUCAAAACAGGUUCCAAAACAAAAUCAAUUCAAUAUGCAAUUUUCUUUGUUGGGAUUUGGUGGUUAUUUUUCCAAAUUCCAUUAAUUUUUUUACUUAAAUCAAGACCAGGCCCUCAAUUAAUCAUAAAUAAAGAUCAAAACAUCCUAAUACAAUACAUAAAAUAUGGUUGGAAAACUUUAUUCAUCUCUAUAAAACAUGCAUCUCAAUUAAAAGAUGUUGCAAUAUAUCUCCUUGGUUGGUUUAUUGUAUCAGACUCGGUAACAACAAUGAAUUCAGCAGCUAUUUUAUUUGCAAGAUCUGAAUUACAAAUGUCAACACCAAAAUUAGUCAUUGUUGGUAUUUUAUCAGUUAUUUUCGCUAUAGGUGGUUCAAUAAUUGUACCACAAUUACAAUCACGUUUCCAAGUAACACCAAAAAUUUCAUUAAUUUAUAUAAUUAUUUGGGCUUCAUUAAUUCCAUUAUAUGGUAUCAUGGGAUUUUAUUUCAAAUUAAUUGGAUUAAAACAUGAUUUUGAAAUGUAUUUAUUAGCUAUAUGGUAUGGAUUUGCUCUUGGUGGGUUAGCAACUAUAAGUAGAUCAUUAUUCAGUUUAUUAAUUCCAAAGGGUAAAGAAUCUACUUUUUUCAGUUUAUUUUCCGUGACUGAUAAAGGUAGUUCUAUAAUAGGACCUACUAUAACUGCUUUAAUUACUGAUAGAACUCAUAAUAUUAGGUAUACUUUUUAUUUUUUAUUUUUGUUAUUGGUUUUAGCUAUACCUGUUUAUUCUUUGUUGGAUGUUGAAAGGGGUAAGAAUGAAGCUAGAACUUUAGAACAUGUUGAUGAUGAAGGUUUAUCAGGUUUAUCUCAGGAAUAA